CUGCCCGGAGUGUGGGGAAAGAGUUUCCUCACCCAUCAAAACUACAGAGACAUCUUAGAACGCACACAGGAGAGAAACCAUAUCCUUGCUCUGUGUGCGGGAAGAGAUUCAGUGAUACAGGGACCCUCAAAACACACGAGAGGUUGCACACAGGAGAGAAACCGUACAUCUGCCCGGAAAAGAACUGUUGGAAGAGGUUUGUCAGCCAAGGAGAGUUAAAACUACACCAUCGGACACACACCGGAGAGAAACCUUGCCACUGCUCUGUGUGUGGGAAGAGUUUCUCACGUAUGUGGCACUUGAAGGUCCACAUGAUGACGCACGUCGGAGAGAAGCAGAAACUCAGCAUGAAAAAACCUUUCCCAUGCUCUGAGUGUGAGAGGGGCUGCAACUCUGCAGCAGAGCUCAAGAUGCACCAGAGGAUGCACACUGGGGAGAGACCGUACCAGUGUUCCACAUGCAAAAAGACCUUUGUUUUCCCAAGCUCUCUAACAAGACAUGAACAAUCCCACAUAAGCGAAGCGAAUAGUACCGCCAAGCCGUACAGCUGCUCAGAAUGUGGGAAGGAAUUCACUCAGCCAUGGACCUUAAAGAUACACAUGCGCCAGCACACCGGAGAGAAACCGUACCACUGCUCUCAAUGCGAGAAGAGGUUCUCGUCGUCGUCACUCCUUAAAAGACACCAGAGGGUUCACACCGGAGAGAAACCAUUCCAGUGCGCCGACUGUGGGAAGAGUUUCUCCUCGUCAGCGAAUAGGACCAGUCACCGUCGUCGUAUCCAUGAAGGUAUACCGGGUGGGUCACAGCGGCAGGAGGCCACCUCUGUGGAUGGUACCAAUACGCGGCAGGAGGCCACCUCUGUGGAUGGUACCAGUACGGUUGAACCCACAGUUGUAGAGGAGUCUGGUCUCAGUCUAGUACUAGAUGUCAAAGUAAAAGAAGAGGAGGAAGAUCCUGCUUUUGCAGAGAGACCUGACCAUUGCUCUGAGAGUGAGGAGAGUCCCUCUACAUUAGGAGGACCUGACCAACACCAGGAGAACAACAAAGCUCUGGGCCCUCACAUCUGCUCAACGUGUGGAAAAGAACUAUCCAGCUCCUACAAACUAAUGCUACACCAGAGAACACACACAGGAGAGAAGCCUUACGAGUGUAUGGUGUGUGGGAAGGGCUUCUCCCAAGCCGCAAACCUCAAGACGCACCAGAAAGUGCACAGUGGAGAGAAGCCGUACCCCUGCUCUGACUGCGGGAGCAGGUUUACUCACAUGGGAGACUUGAAGAGACACCAGUUGUUGCACUCGGGUGAGAAACCUUAUAGCUGCCUUGAGUGCGGGAAGAGUUUUUCUCAGUUGGCGCACCUAAAAUCUCACCAACAGACACACACAGGGGAAAAACCUUUCCUCUGCGCUCAUUGUGAAAAGACUUUCUCCACUGCGGCCAAGCUGAAGAACCACGAGAGAGUGCACACUGGCGAGAGACCUUACUGCUGCUCCUACUGCCCCAAGCGCUUUGCUCUAUCUGGGACACUGGUGAAGCAUGAACGACUCCACACCGGAGAAACGCCGUACCAAUGUGGAGAAUGCGGUAAGGGAUUUGCUCAACUGGUGUCCUUGAAAAUACAUGCCCAAUCACACACUGGAGUCAACUUCUACAACUGUAUCCAUUGUGACCAGAGCUUCUCCACUUCAACCAAGCUGAAGGAACAUCAGAGAAUCCACACUGGGGAGAACCUGUACCAAUGCACCGAAUGUGGGAAGAGUUUCACUAUCGAGUCAAAGCUGCUGAAACACCAGAGAGUUCACACUGGCGAGAAACCGUACCAGUGCUCCGGGUGUGGAAUGAGGUUCUCGCUCUCUGAGAACCUACUGAGACACCAGCGUAACUCUUCGGGGAUCUGUGGUGCUGUGAGCCUUAACCAGGCUACUGGGAGUGGGAUUCUACUUCUACAAGAUGCGGCUGUCUUCCCGAAUAUACUGGUCAAGGCUGGGCACAAACCCACAGAGUCUCUGCCUUCUGACCAGAGCCAUAGUGAAUCCUCCACUCAAACUGCUGGGAUGACUGUUAACAUUAAAGAGGAGGAGCAAACACCUGGACUGAAGAUUAAAACUGAAGAACUGGAGGAGGAGGAGGAGGAGGAGGAGGAGGACGAAGAAGAAGAAGAGGAGGAGGAGGAAGAAGAGGAGGAAGUUGUUGGGCUGAUUAAUUCUGAUGGAGAAGAAAUGGACUGGGAUUCUUCUCUUCUUGGAUAUAAUCCCAGUCAGAGUUCUGACAUUGAAGAGAGUCCCUCUACAUCAGGAGAACCUGAACAUCACCAGGAGAAUCACAACGCUAAGAGCUCUCACUGCUGUUCAGUGUGUGGAAAAGACUGCCAAAAAUUAUCGGCACUACAAAAACACAUGAGAAUUCACACAGGAGAGAAGCCUUACCCCUGUACUUUGUGUGGAAACCAAUUCCGUGAGAAGGGACACCUGAAAGCACAUCUGAAAACUCACACUGGAGAGAAACCUUACCACUGCCCCACAUGUGGGAUGAAUUUUGCCCAUUUGGGAGCCAUGAAAAUACACCUGCUGACGCACACUGGAGAGAAACCUUACCCCUGCUCUGUGUGUGGGAAGAGUUUUACCCAGUCAUCGCGUUUGAAGCAACAUUUCCGGACGCACACAGGAGAGAAACCUUACUCCUGCUCUGUAUGCAGGAAGAGUUUUGCAAGACCAGCAGACCUUAAAGUACACCACAGAGAUCACACAGGGGAGAAACCUUACAGCUGCACUGAAUGUGGCCAGAGCUUCACCAGUUCCCACAACCUAUGGAAACAUCAGAAGACCCAUCUACCACCUGGACUACCACAACCUGUUGAGUUUGACAACCACAACCAAACACCAGAGAUGAAUGCUAAAAACGAAGGACUGAAGGAGGAAGAUGAGGAGGAGGAGGAGGAAUUUAGUGUUCUGAUCAAUUCUGAUGGAGAAGAAGUUGGAUUGGACUUGGAUCCUCCUCGUCUCAAUCCUCCUCUGAGUUCUGAGGAAGAGGAGAGUCCGUCAACAUCAGGAGAAACUGAACAACACCAGGUGAACCACAAUACAGCUCUGAGGUACAGCUGCUCUGUGUGUGGGAAGCAGUUCAACCACAAAGGACAUCUGCGAAGACACGAGAGUGUACAUUCAGUUGAAAAACCUUAUGGUUGCUCAGACUGCGACAAGAUGUUCGGUUCCACCAUAGCUCUGAAUAGACACAAGAAGUUACACAGAGAAGAGAAACCUCACAUUUGCACAGUGUGUGGGAAAGGUUUCGUUCAACUGUCGCGUUUGAAGGAACACUACCCGACGCACUCGGGAGAGAAACCACACUGCUGCUCUGUGUGUGGGAAGCGCUUCACUACUGCGUCGUACCUCAAAACGCACAGCAAAGUCCACCUGGGGGAGAGUCCCUAUACCUGUAACAUAUGUAGGAGAGAUUGCCAGAAGUUGUCCGCGUUCAAGUUACACAUGAGGAUCCACACAGGAGAGAAGCCCUUCAGUUGCUCUGUGUGCGAGAAGCAGUUCACUCAGAAAAGACAUCUGCAAGACCACCAGAAAGUGCACACGGGAGAGAAACCGUACCCCUGCCCCCACUGUGACAAGCGGUUCAGCUUCUCCUCUGCCUUGAAAAGACACCAGCAGUUACACACCGGAGAAAAACCCCACUGCUGCUUUGUGUGCGGGAAUAGUUUCUCUCAAGCAGGGCGCCUGAAAGAACACCUACAGACGCACUCGGGAGAGAGACCUUUCUCCUGCUCUGUCUGCGAGAAAACCUUCAGAAAAGCUUCUGAACUCACGAUACACAACAGAUCUCACACAGGAGAGAGACCGUACAGCUGUGCCGAAUGUGGUAAGACGUUCACCAGUUCUAUGAAGCUGGGACGACACAAGAAGAUCCAUCAGAACACAAAAACUGAAGAGGUUCUGACUAAAGAUGUAAAGAGUAUUCCAUGAGUAUUGAUGAUGAUGAAGAAGUGGAGGCUGCCUCCGCAGUUAGUGGAUGCUAGUAGGGUGAAGAGGAGGAGGAGGAGCCUCGACAGUCAGUGGAUGCUAGUAGGGUGAAGAGGAGGAGGAGGAGCCUCUACAGUUAGUGGAUGCUAGUAGGGUGAGGAGGAGGAGCCUCUACAGUCAGUGGAUGCUAGUAGGGUGAAGAGGAGGAGCCUCUACAGUCAGUGGAUGCUAGUAGGGUGAAGAGGAGGAGCCUCUACAGUCAGUGGAUGCUAGUAGGGUGAAGAGGAGGAGCCUCUACAGUCCAGUGGAUGCUAGUAGGGUGGAUAAUCGUGAUGAUUGAUGACCGCUGGUCUCCUAACGAGGUGCCGGUUUAGACUGGGAAUGAUGAACAAUGAUGACCUCAUAAUGUAAAUAAAUAUAUAUAUCUGCACACUGAU